AUGUCUACCGUUACUUAUGAAACUGCGCUGCUGUUUUGGAGAAUAAUUGCCCAAAUAUUCUUCAGGGAAGUUUGUCCAAGAGGUGCCUUCAAUAUCCCUCGAGAUGGACUUGUCGUAUUUGCCGUUGCACCUCACCACAACCGAUUCCUUGACGGCGUCCCCCUGAGUCUAGAGAUGUACCGAGAAACACGCCGUCGCAUUCAGUAUUUGAUUGCCUCUAAGAGCCUGAAACGUAAAGUAAUUGGUUUCCUUGCCCGACAAACGGACAAUUGCAUACCCGUGGCUCGAGCUAUAGACGAGGCUAAAUCUGGAACUGGGUUGGUUUACCUUUCACCCAAUGACUCCUGCCAAGUGCUUGGAGAGAAUACCCGUUUCAAGUCAGAAUCCUCUCCUAGGAUGCAAAUUAUGUUGCCCAAGUCCGUGAGCUCGGUCGUUGCGCAAGUCCUCGAGGUGAUCUCAGAUACCGAAUUGCGCCUUAAGAGAGAACUCGGAAGUGAAACAAGCAAGGGAACUGCUGGUGUACGAGAGAAGAUAACGGAAACUGGGGCAGAAGGGAAAAGGGGUUUUCCGUUCAAAAUUCUGCCUUAUAUUGACCAACAAGAGAUGUAUUGUGGAGUCUACCAACGACUGAAGGAAGGCGGUUGCAUCGGAAUUUUUCCUGAAGGUGGCAGCCACGACAGAACUGACCUGCUUCCUCUGAAAGCGGGUGUGUCCUUAAUGGCACUUGGGGCGAUAGCGAAUGAUCCAGGUGUGAAAGUCAAUAUCGUGCCCGUUGGUCUGUACUAUUUCCACACCCAUCGAUUCCGAUCGCGAGCCGUCGUGGAAUUUGGAAGUGUGCUGGAUGUGCCAGAAGAGUUGGUGGAGAUGUUCAAGCAAGGCGGAUCAAUCAAGCGUGAAGCAGUUGCGAAGCUUCUGGAUCUCAUCCACGACGGUCUGAAGACUGUGACAGUAAGGGCAUCUGAUUAUGACACUCUUAUGUUAAUACAAGCAGCCCGGCGCCUUUACAAUACCCCGGAGCAGUACCCUACGUUGGGACAGGUGGUCGAGCUUAACCGCCGUUUCUUGGAAGGUUGCGCCCAUUUCAAGGAUGAACCACGCAUACAAAAGCUGAAAGCUGAUGUAUUGAAAUACAAUCGACUUCUUCGGGAUCUUGGAUUGCGAGACCAUCAGGUACCGCAGGCGCGGAAAGCGACUUGGAAAACCUUGAGUCAUCUGUUGUAUCGUCUGGCCCCCCUAACGGUUUGGGCAGUUCUCGCCUUGUCUGGAACGAUAUUGAACGGUCCUGUGAUUGUUCUGGUCUUCGUGAUUUCUAGACGGAAGGCCAAAGAGGCACUCGCAGCUUCCGUCAUCAAAGUCGCAGAUCGAGAUCUGUCUGCGACCUGGAAAGUCCUGAUCUGUCUUGGUACGGCUCCCCUCUUGUACACGCUUUACGCAGUCCUCGCAGUAGCAAUCGCCGUGAAUGUUCAGUCUCCUCUAAGUGUACGGCUAUGCGCGCCCUUCCUCGUCGCCUUUGCGCUACUUGUUAUGAACUAUGCAGUUCUUAAGUUUGGUGAGGCUGGGAUGGACGUUUUCAAGUCGCUUAGGCCACUUACCCUUGCCCUCGGUCCUGAGCAUCAACGAGAUCUUGACAAAGUAAAGGGAAUGAAGAUGCGACUCUCCGUUUAA